CCCCUCCCGCGACCAGUUUCAUUAGAUUAUACACGACCGCGAGGGGAUUGUCCGACCUCCGAUUCGGGAUGAAGGGCGGAAUGGAGGGCUGCGAUGGGGAUGGCCGUGCUGUGCUGUCGAGGACGGAGAAGACAACUAUUGCGGCGGUUGCGGUUGCCAUUGUUCGUCGAUUCCAAGUCGAGAGGGCGGCUGGGUGCAUGAAGGCAACGCUUUCGAGGCGGCGGCAGAGGCUUUUGCUGCAGAGGGUGUUGGACGCUUCGGACUGCAUUACUACUUCGGAGGCCAUGGUUCAGCUGUGCGCUGCAAUCGGGUGCGGUGUGCUUCCUCGGGCGACGCCACGUUGGUGGAUGAGGCGGAGAGCUGGCGGGACUUGGGAGGAUUUGCGGGUGUGCGAUGACGUGACAUACGACUUCUUCCGGGGAAAGCUCCGCAUCUCCAGGAGAGUGGUGGUGGACCUGGAUCUGCCCGUGCUUGACGUGUUCGUUGGAUAUCCAGGGAACUGCCACGACAUUAGGGUGAUCCAACUGUCAAGUUUGUCCGGGCUUGCAGUAGACGGAAUGUUGUUUCGUGGGCCGCCUGUCAUGCUCCUAGGAGGGGUGAGCACGAACGGAUACAUCUUGGGCGACAACGGGUAUCCUCCUUCUGAAUGGGUGGUGGUUCCAUAUGGAGGAAUCAAUCAGCACCCAGACGAGGAAAAGUUCGGCACGAAGCAGAAGGUCGCAAGCGGGGCUGUGGAGAGGGCGUUCGGGAGGUUGAAGGGGAUGUGGAGGCUCUUCCUGCGGACGCACAAGACGAACCUCGACACUCUACCGCAACAGUUCACAGCCGUCUCCAUUCUCCACAACAUCCUGCUCGAUACUGGUAUCGAGUUCGAGGAGAAUCUGUUAUGGGAGGUCGAUGAGAAUGGGGUGAGGCGCCGACUGGACCUGGGGAUUCAUCAUCCCCCGCAGCUAGUGACGAUGUUGACUUCGACGCACGCGGCCCACGCACUCCACAAUAAGAGCCAGUGAUGAUAACGAUGGCGCGCUUCCUAAGAUCAAAUGAACGGCCGCAGACAUA